AGAAGUUGGUGUAAAUAUGACAUUUACAUAAGCUAAAGACGUAAUAGUUAAUAAUGUGAAGAUGAUAUUUGAUUCUUCCCUAAGUUUCCUGAUUGGUUUAUAGUUAAGAAGUCAACAAGUGGCAAUUACUUUUACAAACUCAAGUGGUCUUCUAAAAUGAUGAACAUUUUACAAGAGGGAUUUACCAAAUGCAGGUCAUAUGUAGUAUAAAGAUUGAAUGAUUAACAAUGAACUAGAUAUAAAGAACCUACUCCUAGAAGUGUUGUUUAACCUCAGAGGAUGGCAGUAUUUACCCACAGACCACAUAAUUUGGACUAAGUGAUGUCAAGCAUCAGUUUCCUUUUAGUUGUACUUUGUCUUGGAGGUUGGCAGUACGGAACAGGAGUCCCAAUUAUCAUAGACAGUAAGGACUCACUUCACAUCAAUCAUAAUAACGGACUAGAUAGUGAAGGAAAGGAAGUCAUAUCCGACAUUACUGGUGUUCAUCAUGAAGACAAUGCCCAUGGAAUACUAACUGCAAGUGGAAUAGACAAUGACCAAUUUGUAGUUCAAAAAAGAGGACAUCAUGCUGAUGAAAACAAUGCUGUUAGUCUUAACAAUAACACUGAAGAACAAAUUCUUAAUAUAACACAUGAUAUACACCUGAAUGAUAAGUCAAGGCAGCAUGGGAACAAUGAACAAAUUGUUAAUGGAAAUGAGCAAGUGUUUCAUAUAUCUAACGAUAGAGAUGAAAACUUAGAACUAGAUCGUCAUCACCUGCCUCCAGAUGGACACAAGAUGGCACCGGGAAUAGAUGGUCAAAUGGUACCAAAUACAGAGGAUUCACAUGUUCAUCAUGAUAGGUCUGUUAAUGUUACAGAGCAGGGUAGUGACCAUGGGACUGAAUCAGAACUUAAAGCACCAGAGUUAGAUGAGCAUUAUUUUAGACAUGGUUCUGAGAUUACUGAUAUGUUGUAUGAUCCAUUUGUACAAGACUACACUGAAUCAGUCAGAGAUCUGCCUGAUAUGAAUGGUGGGGAAGAAAACUGGCUCUCAGACAGUGAUCAGAAUGGUCAUGGUACAGAUAAUAAUCAUCUAGGAGAAAGUGGUCAUAGUAUAGAGAAUAGACAGCAUGGAGAAAAUGGUCAUCAUGUGGAAAAUGGUCAAAGUGGAGAAAAUGGUAACAACAGAGGGAAAAUGUCUGGAAUUAUUCAGCAUGGAAUUGAUUUUCCUGUUACUACAGAACAUGAAUCUGUAAGACAGUUACCAGAAAGUCAUGACAAGGAACCAGUACUUAAACCAGACAGAAAGGAACAUAUAGAAGAGCCUCAUUUUGAGAUCUCAACUGAAAAUGUGAGACAUGAAGGUCAUGUUGUAGUUGUUACUAAACACACUGACAUUACAGAGGAAGGUGGUCUGAUCAUACCUGAUGAACAUAAAGGGGAACAUAGUUCACAUACUACAGAAACUAGAAGACAUUUACCUACUGUAACUGAGGAGGAGGUCUUACCUCAUCAACAUGGCCAUGAUAUGUUAAGGACAACAACUAGGAAAAUAGGACCAGAGAUAACUGAAGGAGGACAUUGGGAAGGAUUGUUCAGAACUACCACCAGAAAAAUAGAGCCUGAACUCACUGAAGGAGAGCAUUUAUUACCCCAUGAUGGUGAGGGAAUGUUCAGAACUACCACAAGGAAAAUGGAGCCUGAAAUCACAGAGGGAGAGCAUUUAUUACCCCAUGAUGGUGAGGGAAUGUUCAGAACAACCACAAGAAAAAUAGAGCCUGAAAUUACAGAGGGAGAGCAUUUAUUACCCCAUGAUGGUGAGGGAAUGUUCAGAACUACCACAAGGAAAAUGGAGCCUGAAAUUACUGAAGGAGAACAUUUGUUACCCCAUGAUGGUGAGGGAAUGUUCCAAACCACCACUAGAAAACCAGUAUCUAAGUUAACUGAAGGACCUCAACACAGACAGAUCAUAUCUAGGACCACAACAAGAAGAAAUGAAAUAACUGAAACAGAACAUUUAUUUCCUCAUAAUGAAUCAGAGAUAUUUAAAACAACACAAAAACCAGAACCAGAGGUAUCAGAAAGAGAAUUAGUUACAACUGAGAUACCUGAGAUUACUGAGGGGCAACAUGGGGAUUCCAUGCACACAUCAUCAUCUUACAGUACACCUUUAGUAAACACUGGAACAACUAUCAGGGUGGCUACUGGAAGUACAAAAAUCAUACCUAAUCAUGAAGGGCCAGUCAUUAUGAAAACAACUAAGAAGAUGACACCAAAGGUAACUGUAAAGAAGAAUCCAUUCCCUGAUGAGUUCACUACAUCCAGUAAUAAAAUUACCACAAGAAAAAUAGAGCCUGAAAUCACUGAAGGAGAGCAUUUAUUACCCCACGAUGGGGAGGGAAUGACCCAUACUACCACUAGAAAACCAGUAUCUAAGUUAACUGAAGGACCUCAACACAGACAUUCAGGUGUUAGUAUACACAGCCAAACAGAGCCUACCCAUGGUACUACAGAGUCAAGUUUUAAUGAAACACUUGUUUCACCAUCCAUAACUCCUACUGGAACAAUUAGAGUUAGCAAAUUACCUCAGAGUAUAUCUUCUGAAAGUUCCUACAUAAUAGCACCAAGUUCUACAGAGAAAUCAUCCACAUCUCCAGAGAUAUCAGUACCUGAAGUAAAACUGCAAUCAAGUUUUAUUGUAUCUUCAUCUGAAAUGUCUACACCUUCUAUAAGUCAACAGCAAACUGGGUCAUACACGAGUCAAUAUUUUAGUAUAGACUGUUUUGAUUGCAUUUCUAUUUCUCCACAUCUUGUAUCAUCAAUGAAUGUUUUAUCUGUUUUAAGUUCAACAAAGGAUAUUAUACAGGAAAUUACAGGAACUGUUUCAACAAGUUUACCAUCUUAUACUGAAUUGUACUCAUCUGACUUUAAUACUUUACAGGGUAUAAAAAUAAUAUCGUCAAUCUUAUCCAGCACUGAGACUACAUUACCAGACAUGAUCACAACCUCAAUACCAGAAGUCUUUGAAGUUUCCUCCAAAUCAAACCACAAGAAGUCUAUAGCAAGUGAGUCAACAAAUGUACUGACUAGUUCUCAAUACAGACCAACAACUUCUUACAUUGGUUCUACAGGAAUAUCUACUAUAUCAACAGAGGUUCACUUACCAGAAUCUGUUACUCCUACAUCUAACCAACAUACUGCUUCUUUUACUCCUACGGUGACAUCUAACCAACAUACUGUUACACCAUCAAAGAACAAAGACAGACCUACAUCAUCAAUAUAUAUAAAUAUAGACAUGAAAAUGACUCUGUAUGAAUUCUGUGAACUACAGCAGAAUUUUGUGUCACAACUAGCAAAUAUAAUGUACAAUACUCAGAAAUCUAAGAUUAGUCAGGAACAAAUAAAGUUACAGUACCCUAUAGCAGAUGAUUGUGACCAGCCUUGGGAUAAUCCUAAGGAGGAGGUGGAGAUACAGAUAUAUGUCUUAGAUAUUACGGGAAAACUAGAUAGAAGUCUGACCAUUGAUAUGGCCAAAAAUAUCAAACCUGGACUGAAGUCAUCAGAAUUAUAUGGGAAAAAGCUUGAGAGUGUAAAGAUUGUGAAUGAACCAAACAUAGAUGAAAUGCAUCCUACAAAUGGACAGAGUGCUUCAAAGAUAGACGAGGAAAUAGAAACUGGUAUUACAAUAGCCAUUUCCAUCGCAGCUGUAGGUGGCUUCUGUUGUGUGGCUCUAUUGAUUUUGCAGUUGAUAAUUCACAAGAGAACAGGAAAAAGAAUGCACCCCUACUUCCCUGGGAGUGGUAGUUGUUCCAGCCGAUUAUCUACCAGGAGUUUGAACUCAAUAGCUUUGGGGGUUGUAUCCAAGUCUCGACCCAACAGUGGACUCUGGAAUCCAGGUUUAGAUAUCAGUGAUGAGAACUGUAAUGAUCCAUCUCAUCCACUAAUGUAUUCAACACUGACAGAUUUUUCCUUGGAGACUGAUGCUAUCUGUCAAGAAUUUCAGUUGAUUCCAAAUGAAACACCUAGACUGUCAUGUGUGCCAGUUGGAGCAGAAGAUAAAAAUAGAUUUGCCAAUGUACUUCCAUUUCCACAUUCCAGAGUAAAGUUACAGAAGAUUCCAGGUGAAGAUUUCUCAGAUUAUAUCAAUGCCAACUACAUAACGGGGUAUAAAGAAGAUUUAAGAGCUUACAUAGCCACACAGGCACCAUUGUCUAGUACAGCUGGUGAUUUCUGGAGAAUGGUGUGGGAACAGCAAUCAAGGGUCAUACUGAUGUUAACUGAUAUGGAUGAGAGAGGACAGCCAAGAUGUAUACCAUACUGGCCAGAGAAGACAGGUAUGGAGAACAGAUUGACCUAUAGUGAUUUUAUUAUUACUCUGAAGAAGAAAGAAGUUCACCAGGAAUACAUUGUAUCAGUAUUAGAAAUCAAAGAUAUAGAGAACAAUUUAGUGCGAGAAGUUCGUCACUUCUGGUAUACAUGUUGGCCAUCAGACAGUACACCAGAACCUAUCUCCUUAGUAAAGUUUGUAUUAGAUACCAGACCUUACUAUGAAGACAGUGGGGCACCUGUUGUUGUACACUGCAGCCCAGGAACAGGAAGGACAGGUGCUCUAAUUACUAUAGACAUAUGUAUGAGAUCUUUUGAGGACAAGAGGUCAGUCAAUGUCCUUAACACUGUGUAUAAAAUGAGGAAAGAGAGAGCUGGUGUAGUUCACACUAAAGACGAGUAUAACCUCAUUUAUAAGGCUGUGGGUGAGUAUGCCAUAGUGAUGAACACUCCAACAUCAAUAUCAACGUCAUCAUCUGUUGCUACUCUUCAGAACAUGCUGUGAAGUGGCAGAAGCCUGAUAUAAAAUUGUGAUCCAAAUUUUUAUGCAUUUAAAUGUGGUUGUUUUAUUCAAAAACAUAUGUUAUUUGAAAAAAGAAGAUUUAAAUUGCAUGAACAAAUGUCAAAGUCCAUGUUGUCUGCCAUCAAUAAGUAACAAGCUGUUAAGGGGGACAGAUAGCUUCAACUGAAAAAAAUGUUUGUCACUGGUAGGUACACAUAUUACCAUUAUAUCAUUCGAUUGUGACAGAAAUCAAUUUGUUCUUAUAUGUGGCACCAUGUGCAGGGCUAGUGAUAAUAAAAAAGAGGACAUUAAUAAUUAAAUUGUAAUAUUUUCUCUCAUUUUUUAACUGUUUUUUUUUUUAAUGUAAUUAAUCAUCUGUAGAUUAUUAUCAUUAAAUGUUACAUUCCAAUACUGUUCUGUGAUAUCAAGUUAUUCCAAUUUUAAUGUAUUAUAUGUAGCUAAAUGCUGAAUAAAUUGAUUUGGUCAUUUAUAUUGGAAAGUUAUUGCCUAAUGUUUCUUAUUUUAUGCUAUUAACUACGUAAAAUGAAGUCAAGUCCUAUUCUAUAAUUUUUAGAAUUAUGCUCAAUAUAUUAACAGAGAUUGACAAAAUGCUCCUUAAGCAUUUCACUGAUCAAAAUCAAUAUUUUUUUUUGUUUUAUUUUAAAAUUUAAACAGAAGCUUAUAGUUCAUUAAUAUCUCUAAUUGUGUCAAAUAUAAGUUAUGUUUAUUGAUUUUUUUUAUAAAUUUUGACUUUUGAUUACAAGGAAAAUUGUCAAAACAACAUUGGAAGCAUUCCACUGCUCUUAAUAGUGUUUCAUUAAAAUAAAGUUAAAACUAAAGCUUAAGCUCAAUACUAUAUCUAUGAGUUUCAAUAUGAGCAUAUGGUACUGUUCAGUUUGACCCUGACUGUGGUUCGUAAGGGGAAUGCAAACAGCAUAUUUAUUUUUGUUACAGGGUUGUUUCUUAAUGUCAUUAUUGAAUCAGUAGCAUAGGUCAUAUGUGACAAUAUUAAUAAAAAACUGACCUUUGAAUAAUUUUGGAUCAUACAUGCCAUCAAUCAUAAAUAGAUAGUGAAACACCAUUUAAGAAUUAUAUGUAAUAACACAAGUUGCUGAUUUGACCAACAAUACAACAAAAACAAAUAGAACCUAAUGCCAUAGAGCCAUAAAAGAAUGAGAAGAAUUACACAUUAAAAAACCUUCAUUUAAGAUUUUGCAUAAACAAAGCAUUACAGGUAACUGGUUUCUGGUAUAAGUACCUAUUUUAUUUAAAUAAGUUGUAAUUAUUAUACUUAAUCAUUCCAAUUGGCAAUCUUCAUUGCUUAAGUGUCCUUGUUAUACUCAAUUUUGCUCAUUUCAUUUCAAAACAAAUCAAAACAAUUAUAGUUUUUUACGGAGCUGGAUAUCAGAUUUUUCAAUAUUUGUUCCUGUGUCCAUAAAACUUAUAAAAAUGAUUUCUGGUUUCUGUAACAAUUCUAUUGAAACUCUUUUAAUCUUUUGUUGCGUUCAUCAAGCCUUUAUAUUGAUGGUAAAACAGUGAAUACUAGGAUGCUACCUGGUAAAAAAGGUAAACAAAUCAAUAGAAAGGUUGGAAAGUAUCAAACAUAUUGUAAUUAUACAUGGAAUAGACAUUAAGAUGUAAUUAAAUCAUAUUUUGUCAUAGAAUGUAUAUGUUUUAUUGAUGGUCUCAGAAAUAUAAUUAUAAUUUGUUUCAGUUUAUAUCCAGAUAAUUACAUUGGAUAGUGAUAAAUCCAACAGUGCCAAAUAGUUUGUAAAUAAAAUGUUUCCAAAUCCUGA